CAAGAUGACGCGCAACAUCGCCGCGUGCGUCUCCGCAGAUGUGCUAAUCCCCGCGCGAGAAUGCCCGCAGCUGCAGAUCUGUGCUCGUGUGUGUGAGGAUGAUCACGGGCUCGAUGGGCUGCGGGGGAAGCAGAUCCGCCGCGAUCGAACCCCGGUAUUACGAGAGCAGGGACACCGAGUCGACGUGGCUCACGAGCACGGACACGGAGACGCAACGGGCAGCUGCCGGUAACGGGACCGGCGACAGCGCGACCGCGAGCGAGAAUGAGAAAACAGCAACAGCAACAGCAGCCGCCGGAUCAGGUCAAAGGGAAGAGAAGCCCAUGACGGGGACCAGAGGCUCUUCUGCCAAAGAGAAGAAGCUGGUGAACACCGGCACACAGUGUGGCAGACGCGCCAUGCUCACCGACAGCACCCAGAGGAGACCAGCACACAGAGACGAGGUUAAAAGUAAAUCAAAGAAAAUCCCCCAGCCUGAAGGGGUUAAAAGUGUCCGUCCGGCGGUAAACGCGGAGGUGAUUCCUUGA